AGCUUAGAGGAUACUUUUUAGCAAUGGCAUUUUCAGAUGGAACAACAGGUGAAAGGGCACAAUACAAUGGCCGGAUUACCCUUCUUGUUGUUAUCUCAUGUAUUGUGGCUGCCUCGGGUGGACUCAUCUUCGGCUACGAUCUUGGAGUAUCAGGGGGAGUGAUCUCCAUGGACCCUUUUCUCAAAAAAUUCUUCCCAAAUGUGUAUCGAAGGAUGAAAGAGGAUACCAAGAUUAGCAAUUACUGCAAAUUUGAUAGUCAACUGUUGACCUUGUUUACAUCUUCACUCUACCUAUCUGGCCUUAUUUCUUCUUUCUUUGCAUCUACUAUGACUCGAACUUUUGGACGAAAGGCGUCGAUGCUUGUUGCAGGGGCUGCUGUCCUUAUUGGUUCAGCCCUUGGUGGUGCCGCUUCAAACCUCUACAUGCUUGUAUUUGGUCGUAUUUUUCUUGGUAUUGGGCUUGGAUUUGGAAACCAGUCAAUCCCGGUCUAUAUUUCUGAAAUGGCACUACCUAAACACAGAGGAGCAAUGAAUUUUAUCUUUGAUGCUGGAGUUGGCAUUGGAGUACUCGUAGCUAAUGUCAUCAACUUUUUCACGGAAAAGAUUGAUGGCGGUUGGGGCUGGCGUAUCUCCCUAUCCAUGGCCGCAGUUCCGGCCACAAUCCUGACCUUAGGUGCGAUUAUUCUCCCAGACACACCAAACAGUUUGAUUGAAAAUAGCAAUAACCAGGAAAAGGCCAAACGUGUGCUUCAGCAAAUAAGAGGCACAAAAGACGUCCAAAAAGAACUGGACGAUAUCAUCAAAGCAAGUUCAAUCUCAAAAGCAGUCAAAGACCCAUUCAAGUUAAUCAUGCAAAGGAAGUAUAGGCCUCAACUGGUAAUGGCAGCAGCGAUACCAUUUUUCGCACAAAUGACAGGGAUUAAUGUCAUUACAUUCUAUGCUCCGGUACUAUUCAGGACAAUUGGUCAACAUGAAAGUGCUUCACUCUUGUCUGCAGUUGUGAUUCGUUGCUUCAAUGUUAGCUGUACAUUCAUAUCUAUGUUCGUAGUCGAUAAACAUGGCCGAAGAGUACUGUUUAUGCUUGGGGGAAUUCAAAUGCUUGCAACACAACUAACAAUAGGAGGGUUUAUGACAGCUUUAUUGGGUGAUCAUGGUGCAUUAAGCAAGGCCAGUGCUUAUGUGGUUUUAGUUUUGGUAUGUAUAUACAUUUCCGGGUUCGGAUUAUCUUGGGGUCCUUUGGGAUGGUUAAUCCCAAGUGAGAUAUAUCCACUGGAGAUCCGUUCCGCAGGCCAAAGUGUUACGGUAGCAGUCAGUUUUCUGUUUUGUUUCCUUGUUGGGCAAACUUUUCUAGCUAUGCUUUGCCACAUGAAGGCAGGGAUUUUCUUCUUCUUCGGUGGAUGGGUGGCUCUGAUGACUACAUUUGUGUACUUCUUGUUGCCGGAGACUAAAAAUGUACCGAUCGAGAAAAUGGAACAACUGUGGAAAGAACACUGGUUUUGGAGAAGAUUUGUGGGAGACCAGCUUGAUGACAAUAUUUACGAGGUAGACAAAUGAUAAUUAAGGUUUCAUUUGGAGCACGUUUUAGUUAUUGUUAUGAAAAAAAGAGUUAUAGAAUUAGUCUCUGAUUAUUUAUGAUUAGCCA